AUGACGGAAGUGGUAUUACAAGGCACUUUCAGCAUAGAUACGUUCGAUCCAGCGGUUACAAACUGGAAAAGAUGGUUGCAGCGAUUUGAGGGCGCCGUAACAGUCUUCAAGGUACCUGACGAUCAAAAGGUGGCCUACCUUUUACAUUUCAUAGGACCUGUGGCUUUCGAUAUGAUCUGCGAUAAGCUAUCGCCGGCCGACCCGUACAAACAAACGUAUGCAAAUAUCACGGCUAAAUUGGAAGACUUCUACGCACCAACCCCACUAGAGAUUGCGGAAAAUUACCGUUUUCAUUUGCGAAAGCAAACGGAAGGAGAAACGAUACAAUCCUUCGUGGCGGCACUACAUAAAUUGAGUGUUAAUUGCAAUUUCGGGGCCUACCAAAAGACGGCUUUGAGAAACCAAUUUGUGUUCGGCUUAGCCAGCAAACGGGCACAAGCACGCCUGUUAGAAACAAAAGACUUGGAUUUCGAUAGAGCCGUUCAGAUCGCUACCUCGAUGGAAUUGUCCGAAAAAGACGCUACGCAGCUGCAAUCAGGGGUGGCUAAAGUGGAUUACACCGGUUCGGUGCAGAUCAGGAAACCGGCUAGAGACAAAAGAUACAAUACGCCAGCGAAGAAACCGGCACCGAUGAAGUUAGAUGUUCAAUCGCGCCCCGCGUCGUCGAAGACCCCACAUACAAACGCACGAGCGGCAACAAACGUUGUUUGUUUCCGGUGCGGCGCAAAUCAUUUGGCCACCCAUUGCAGCCUGGAUCGGGGCAUCCGGUGCAGAAACUGUGGUAUUGCAGGACAUUUAGCCAAAGUAUGCAAAAAAGCAAGAGCCAAUACGAAGCAACUGGAGGAAAUUCUGCUGGUCGAGCACCUACAACAUCGGCAGGGAUACUACGUCACCCUAACAGUCGAGAAUACACCGGUGAAGUUCGAAGUAGACAGCGGAGCCGCAGUAACCAUCAUCAGUAAGCGAAUGAGCGAACAAUUGUUUCCGAAUAAAGUUCUAAGGUAUACUGCACUUAAAUUACAAACAUUUUGCAAAACGAUCGUGGAUAUCGUAGGGAUGUACAGCGUGCAAGUCCGAUAUCGAAGUAUUGUGAAAAGAUUAAAUGUAUACGUCGCGAAUGUAGACCGGAAACCGCUAUUAGGUCGAGAAUGGAUCCGGCAGCUCAAAAUUUCGUUAACGGAAGAAAUUGCACAUGCGACCGCGAUCUCGCAUAAUGAAGUAGACACAAUUUUAAAGAAUUACCAGGGAAAACUGGAUCCGACCAGUUCAAAGAUUCGUGGAAUCCAAGCGCGGCUUACAUUAAAGGAAAAUGCGAACCCGGUUUUUGUCAAAGCGCGUACCGUACCGUUCCGUCUGGCUGAGUUGGUAACGAAAGAAAUCGAUACGUUAGAAAAAGAGGGAAUACUCGAGAAGGUAAACGCGUCCGAGUGGGCUACACCCAUUGUCCCAGUUCUAAAAAAGAAUAAUACAAUUAGAAUGUGCGGCGAUUUCAGCGUAACUUUAAAUAAGCAUUUAGUCGUAGACGAGCAUCCGCUCCCGACAAUCGACGAAUUGUUUGCAACCAUGGCCGGCGGAGAUAAAUUUUCGAAAAUCGAUUUACAACACGCGUAUUUACAAUUAGAAAUUCGUUCCGAGGACCGCGAACUGGUAACGUUAAAUACACACAAAGGAUUAUAUAGAUGCACCAGAUUACUGUACGGCAUUGCAAGCGCACCCGCAAUUUGGCAAAGACAAAUGAAAAAUUUGCUACGAGACAUUCCGGGAGUCUCAGUGUUCAUCGAUGAUAUUCGAAUUACCGCUCCAAAUGAUAAAGUUCACUUGCAACGCCUAGAACAGGUAUUAACUAGAUUAGGCGAAGCAAAUAUCCGAAUCAAUACGGAAAAAUCCGAAUUUUUCAAGAAUUCAAUCGAAUACUGCGGGUACAGAAUUGAUAAACAGGGUAUUCACAAAACAAAAACAAAAAUGGACGCGAUUGAUAAGAUGCCGCGACCGCGAAAUAUAACGGAACUACGAGCGUUCAUUGGAUUUGUAAACUAUUACGGCAGGUUUAUAGAAAACUUGAGCUCGUUACUUUCCCCCCUGUACGAAUUAUUGAGCGACCGCGUGCCAUUUAAAUGGACGAAGGAAUGCGAAAAAGCGUUCUUAGAUGCUAAAUGUCAAUUCAAAAGUAACAAAGUCCUGGCGCAUUUCAAUCCGCAACUACCGUUAAUUGUAGCUACCGACGCUAGUUCAUACGGUGUCGGAGCAAUACUCUCGCAUAAAUACCCAGAUGGAUCGGAACGGGUUCUGCAAUACGCGUCACAAACGUUGUCGAAAACCCAACGUCGAUAUUCACAAAUCGACAAGGAAGCCUACGCAAUCAUCUUUGCAAUUAAAAAAUUCCACCAAUAUCUUUACGGGAAUCAUUUCACUCUGUACACCGACCACCAACCGUUAGUACAAAUAUUCUCGCCAACUAAAGCACUGCCCGCUUACAGUGCCAUGAGAAUGCAACAUUAUGCAUUAUUCUUACAAGGGUUUUCUUUUAAUAUUAAAUACAAAAAUACGAAAUUACACAGUAACGCGGACGGUUUAUCGCGCUUACCCGUACGAAACGAAACUGAUUUCGAGUAUGACGUGGUAGAUGCUCACGAGUUAAAUAGCAUAAAUACUUUACCGGUUACAGCCGAGGAAAUAGUGAAAGAAAUAGAAACAGACGAUAAAUUACACAAAAUUAAAGUAGCAUUACAAAGCGGGAAGCUGCUAUCCGCCCGCGACCGAUUCAAUGUUAACCAAACAGCGUAUAGUUUACAACAAGGUAUCAUUAUGGUCAACGAUAAGGUGUUUAUUCCCGGAAAAUUACGAAACAGAAUACUACAAGAAUUACAUUCAGGGCAUUUUGGCGUAAUUAGAAUGAAACAUUUAGCUCGAGGAAUAUGUUGGUGGCCGGGGAUAGAUCGAGAUAUAGAAAACGUCACUAAAAAUUGCGUACACUGUAAUAAUAAUAGAAACAAUCCGGCAAAAGUGGACACACAUUGUUGGGAGCCUACGAAUACUGUUUUCGAUCGUGUACAUGUUGAUUACGCCGGUCCUUUCUUAAACCAUUACUUCUUCGUGCUGGUCGACUUAUUUUCAAAGUGGCCAGAGGUUCGAAUAGCUAAAAAUACAUCAUCAAGAACUACAAUAGAAAAAUGUAGGGAAAUUUUCAGUACAUUCGGUAUCCCGCGAAUUAUGGUGAUGGAUAAUGGUACUAGUUUUCGCUCCCAGGAAUUCAUGUCUUUCUUGAAAACGAACGGAAUUACUCCGAAAUUUACGGCACCGUAUAACCCGUCGACAAAUGGACAGGCGGAGCGUUUCGUCCAAAUGUUAAAAAUUGGUAUUAAAGAGAACCUAGAACAAAAACAAGCAACAGAAGAAAAUAUUCACACUGCGUUACAACAAUUGUUACUCCAUUACCGAACGACUGUACAUGCGAAUACAAAUGUAUCCCCAGCGGAAGUAAUGUUUUCAAGGAAAAUAAGAACGCGUUUAGAUUUAGUUUUGCCGGCCAAGCAGCAACCGCGUUCAGAUGUAAAUACAGAUAAGCGAGUGCGUGAGCUUGAGAGGGGAGAGAGAGUGCAGUGUAGGAAUUAUUUUGGAUCAAAGAAAUGGUGUUUCGGAGCAGUCAAACAGCGUAUAGGAAAGCUGAAUUACGAAAUCGCAUUGGACGACGGGCGAACGUGGAGGCGCCACAUAAACCAGAUACAAAAAAUCGGCCGGGGUACGCAAGUUCAAGCCAAUGAUGACUGGAACUUCGACUACAAACCACCGGAAGAUCCGGAAACCGCGCAACCGCAGAGUGAGGAGCAGAACGGCCCUCAAGAUCCCCCAGAACAGAUGAGGGAUACGGGAACGCUAGAACGACACAUGCGAAAUCGAAGACCGCCCCAGCGAUACGGCGAAGUUUAUGUACAUUAG